AUGAUCCAACGAGAGAGAACACACGCGCUCGCACGGGUGGUGAUUCGGCAGGGGGACGAGGUUCUGAACGCGGCUUUAAGGGGGUAUGACUUUGAGAGGAAGCUGGAGGUGACGGUGGUGGAGAGGGAGGAGCAGCGCACGGUGAGCAACAUGGGGGAGGUGGCGUGGCAUGUGAAGGACCUCUUUCCCCGCCAUGUCACCAACCAGUACCACCUUGCCGACUCGCCCCUGCUCGAGCAGAUGGCCCUGUUUCAGCACACGGCACUGUUCAUCAGCAUGCAUGGCGCCUCCCUCAGCAACCUCAUUUUCCUCCCUCCCGGAAGUUCUAUCCUCGAGCUCUUCCCCCUCAAGUUCCAUUCCGAGGCAUACAACCACCUCGCCCUGCGCACCGGAAUCAACUACUUCUCGUGGGAGAACACGCACCCGGAAGCUUCCUCCUACACCGACGAUUGCUUAGCUAAGGGCGGGUGGGAGAAUCUCGAGGAGGAGGAGUGUAGGGAAGUGAGGGGGUGUUUCCUGUGUGCGAGAGACCACUCGGUGACGACGGUGAAUAUGGAGGAGUUGGAUAAGGUGCUUCUGAAGGUGCAGAGAGCGGUGCGGAGGUUUUUGCACGAGGAGAGCUUGAAGAAGCUGCAUGGGGUUACAGCAGCAACAGUUACUGCUUAG